AUGACCCCUCUAGCUCCAAGAUCCUGGUCUGCCGAUGUGCAACAGUGCACAACGACCAUCUUCGAGGAGACACAGGAGGCCGUUGGCAAGUGGAAACAGAGGAGCAGCACGGAACAAGAGGGAAAGGCUCUGGCUGUGCUGAGCCAGACCUAUCCAUCUUCAAGACCUCACCAGUCUUCAGUCGGAGAUGCGAGGGCGAGGCCUGAGCUCUACACCGUCGGCACUCGGGUUAUGCAACGAUGUCAUCAACUUCUGGAGCUCUACCGUGAGUUCAACACGCAACUAGCGGAUGACAGCGAUGAUAUAGACGACCCCCAAUGGCUGCACGAUGCCGAGCGCAUGUCAGAAAUGCUCGAACGCGGUAAUCAGUUUGGCAAAAAAUUGGUGGGCACGAUGGUGCAGCCUGUUUUGCAGCCACGCUUGCCAAUGGUAGAUGCUGAGAACGCCAAAGACACAGACUUGAUGGCAAUCGAGAUGUUCGAUGGCUUAGAGGCGCUGUUGGAUGACACUUGGGGACGCACUGCCAGGAUGCAUCUGGAUGCAUUUGAGACUCUUCUUAGUAAGGAGGCCAAUCAUUUAUGA